AUGGCGGACGCGGCCGUGACCACCAUCAAAGUGAUGUGUCGUUUCCGGCCGCUGAACCGCUCAGAGGUGGCCCGGGGAGACAAGUACAUCCCCAAGUUCCAGGGGGACGAGUGUGUGUCCAUCGCGGGUAAACCAUAUUACUUUGACCAGGUAUUCCAGUCCAAUACCACCCAGGAGCAGUUUUACAAUGCUGUUGCUCUAAAGAUAGUCAAAGAUGUCCUGGAGGGCUACAAUGGGACAAUAUUUGCCUAUGGCCAGACAUCCUCUGGCAAAACACAUACGAUGGAGGGUAAACUCCAUGACCCAGAUAUGAUGGGGAUCAUUCCCAGAAUAGUUCAAGACAUCUUCAACUACAUUUACUCCAUGGAUGAAAACCUGGAGUUUCACAUCAAAGUUUCAUAUUUUGAAGUCUAUUUGGACAAAAUCAGGGACCUUUUGGAUGUAUCAAAGACCAACCUGUCUGUGCAUGAGGACAAAAACAGGGUCCCCUAUGUCAAGGGGUGUACCGAGCGUUUCGUGUGCAGCCCCGACGAGGUCAUGGACGCCAUAGACGAAGGGAAAAACAACAGAAUCGUGGCUGUCACAAACAUGAACGAGCACAGUUCGAGAAGUCACAGCAUCUUUCAGAUCAACAUCAAGCAAGAACACACGCAGACCGAACAGAAGCUCACUGGCAAGCUCUACCUCGUUGAUCUGGCAGGGAGUGAAAAAGUGGGUAAGACAGGAGCAGAGGGUACUGUGCUGGAUGAAGCCAAGAUGAUCAACAAAUCCCUGUCAUCACUAGGAAAUGUCAUUUCAGCUCUUGCAGAAGGCUCGACCUACGUACCAUACCGAGACAGUAAGAUGACCAGAAUCCUGCAGGACUCGCUGGGCGGGAACUGUCGAACCACAAUGGUUAUCUGCUGCUCGCCUUCCAACUUCAACGAAGCUGAGACCAAAUCCACACUUCUUUUUGGACAGAGGGCAAAGACCAUCAAGAACAAUGUGUGUCUGAAUGUUGAGCUGACAGCAGAGCAGUGGAAGAAGAAGUGGGAGAAGGAGAAAGACAAGAACAAGACCCUGAAGAGCACAGCCACAUGGCUGGAGAAUGAGCUCAACCGCUGGAGAAAUGGCGAGAAUGUGCCAGUGGAGGAACAGUUUGACAAGGAGAAGGCCAAAGAGGAGGUCCAGGCCCUGGACAGUGGGCUCAACAAUGACAAGGCCGCCCCCUCCCCUGCCCUUGCAGCCCUUCCUGGGGUCAAGCUCACCGACGCUGAGAAGCAGAAAUGCGAAGCAGAGCUGACCAAGCUUUACAAAGAACUUGAUGACAAGGAUGACGAGAUAAACCAGCAGAGUCAGUUGGCGGAGAAGCUAAAUCAGCAGAUGCUGGACCAGGAGGAGCUUCUAGCCUCAUCACGCCGGGACCAUGACAACCUGCAGAAGGAGCUCAACCGGCUGCUGGCGGAAAAUGAAGCCUCCAAGGAUGAGGUGAAAGAGGUGCUCCAGGCCCUCGAGGAGCUUGCCGUCAACUAUGACCAGAAGAGCCAGGAGGUGGAGGACAAGGCCAAGGAGUUCGAAGCCCUCAGUGAGGAGCUUAACCAGAAGUCGAGUUCCUUGGCCUCCAUCGAUUCAGAACUCCAGAAACUGAAGGAGAUGACCAACCACCAGAAGAAGAGGGUCACCGAGAUGAUGUCCACACUGUUGAAAGACCUGGCUGAAAUAGGCAUCGCCGUGGGCAGCAACGACAUUAAGCAACAAGAGAGCACCGGCCUGAUUGACGAGGAGUUCACUGUAGCUCGCCUCUAUAUCAGCAAGAUGAAGUCGGAGGUUAAGAGCAUGGUGAAGCGCAGUAAACAGCUGGAGAGCACUCAGGCCGAGAGCACCCAUAAGGUGGAGGAAAAUGAGAAGGAGCUCGCUGCCUGCCAGUUACUCGUCUCACAGCAUGAAGCUAAAAUCAAGUCCCUGACAGAGAACCUCCAGAACUUGGAGCAGAAGAAGAGGCAGCUGGAGGAAAAUGUGGAUUCUCUUAAUGAAGAGCUGGUUAAGAUAAGUACUCAGGAGAAAGUCAAUGCCACGGAAAUGGAGAAUGAGAUCCAAUCUGCUAAUGAAGUCAAGGAGGCUGUUGAGAAGCGAAUCCAGUCCCACAGAGAGGGCCAUCAGAAACAGAUCAGCAGCCUGAGAGAUGAGCUGGACAACAAGGAAAAACUCAUCACUGAGCUGGAGGAUCAGAACCAGAAGAUCAUGCUGGAGCAGGAGAGGCUGAGGGUGGAGCAUGAGAAGCUUAAAACUACUGACCAGGAGAAGAGCCGUAAGCUACAUGAGCUCACGGUGUUGCAGGAAAGGAGUGAUCAGGCCAGACAGGACCUGAAGGGUCUGGAGGAGACUGUGUCCAGGGAGCUGCAGACCCUCCACAACCUAAGGAGGCUGUUUGUUCAGGACUUGAGAGCUAAGGUGAAGAAGAGUGGUGAGACAGACGCAGAUGACACAGAAGGCAGCACCACCCAAAAACAGAAAAUCUCCUUCCUGGAGAACAACUUGGAGCAACUCACCAAAGUACACAAGCAGCUGGUGCGUGACAACGCUGACCUGCGUUGUGAGAUACCUAAAGUGGAGAAACGCCUGCGGUCCACCGCAGAGCGGGUCAAAGCCUUGGAGACCGCUCUCAAGGAAGCCAAAGAAAAUGCAUCGCGGGACCGUAAGCGGUACCAGCAGGAGAUGGACCGCAUCAAGGAUGCUGUCAAGCCCAAGAACAUGGGCAGAAGAAACUCAGCUCAGAUAGCCAAGCCCAUUCGGCCAGGCCAACUGCUGAUGGCUGCUCCAACGCACCCGGGUAUCAACCGGGCAAACAUCAUCCAGAACAACCAGCCCACAGGCAUCAAAGGCGGUGGCAACAACUAG